CAAUCAAGAAAAUAGAUCGUAAUACGUGGCAGUCUAAUUAAUAUAGUUAAGACAGCAGGAAGUUUUAUUUGAAAAUAACGAACAAUUAUUAAAGAAAUUAAAUAAAACAAAGGAGUGAAUAAUAAGUAAUAAUAACAAACAAAAAAAAGGAUCAUUGCAAUAGCUAAAGCGUAAAAAAAUUGUGUUAUACAAUCAACGAAAAUUUGCGAAAAUAUUGAAACGAAACGUUAUUAUCCAUUAUACAAAAGCAAUUGCUUAAAAACUCAAAAAAGCCUAAUUGAUUACCUAAUAAAGGCCCUAAUACAAUUGUUGGUAGUAAAUAAAUUACUAGCGACAUAUUGGAAAGAAGGCAACCAUAAAUAACGGCUAAAGUGUAAAGACAAGGCCAUCAUCACCACCACCACCCUCUACACACAGCAAAUUUUUAAAGCAACUGCUGCUGCAAACUAUUCUAAACGUCUGCUCUACUACUGCUGCAUAACAAUUGAAUUUCAACAAUAUUCUUUUUGUCUAUUUUAAAGAAAUUAUUUUGUAGUUUUAAAAAACAAAACAACAAUACAAUUGUAUUUAACACAGACACUCACACACAAAAAUCCCCCAAACAAAAAGUACUUGCUAAAUAGUACCUUCAGCUAAAUAACAAACCUACAAAAUACCCCUACUCUCUAAAAACAAUCUCUCUCAUACACAAAUACCCUUAGCCCCUCUUCAACCCCCUCCUCUCCUUAGAUUUGUUAUUGGGUGAGCAACAGAAAAAGCAAAUCAAGAAAUCAUGGCUCUUACCUAUAGUGUGCGUCCCCCGCGUGUCCGUCACAUGCUACAAUCCACGUACGAAGACAACUAUGGCUACACUAUGAACUUCUAUCAGCCAAUGAUGGACUACUUGGAUGCAAAAACGAAAAGUUUGCAGGUAAAACCACCACACUUGCCGUGGACCAGUGAACGCGGCCUCAGGCAAUACCGACCCUCGAACGCUAUACGCCGUUACAAUACCGACGAAAUACUGCGACUAUCGCGUGCAUGUGCGAACAGGGCAGAUGAGAUUUUAUUAGAUUUUCGCGUUAAGAAACGUUCACCAUUCAGUGUUAUUAAGUUAGCCGACGCAGCGCGUGUUACUAAGCAUAUUGCUCCCGAUACGGUACUAGAGAGAUCGCGUGAACGUCGUCAACGUCGCCAAAGAGAAUUAGAGGAUAUCAUACGUCAAGACACAAUUAAGCUACUUCAUCGUAUUCGUAGAAUGGAAUUAGACUCUGGCGAAAUGACGAAAGAAUUCAAACGUCAAAUACGCGGUAAAUCGGCUCAGGCCAUUGCUCAGGCUUUACUUUCAGAGUCCGAGCGUAAUAUUAAACAAUCGAAACGGGAGGAGGAGGAUUACAUGGCAAUGGCUAUGGCUCGCUCCAGCCGUGCUGUAUCGCGUAUGCGUUCUUCCGUCUCACCGGAAGGCGGUCGCAUAUCCGCGCAUACCUAUCACAUUGAACUGAUGGACGAUCGUAUGGUCGAUAAGCUCGAUCAUAGAGUAUCGUCCUCGUUGCACAAUGUUAAGCGUCAGUUGUCGUCGUUGAAUCAAAAAACAGUUGAAUUUUAUGCUGAUUCCAGGUGCGAUUUAGUUGAUAAGUGUUGGAUAUGUCGUAAAGUGAUGCGUAAUCAUCCCAAGAUCAAGGAUUAUAGUUAUUUGUAUUGGCAUUGAGGACAGAAGUUUUCCAACUAAAAAAAAAAAACAAAGAAAAUCUUUAAAAAAUUUUAAAAAAAAAACUAGUGGUUUUAAG